AAAAUGUUAAUUCAAUGGAGAAUCGCAAGUAGGAGAACGAAGCCGUAAACAUAGGAAGACAAAGACAUCGGUUGUUUUGAGUGAGGAGUACGAACAGACGUGGCGUCCUAAGGCAACCAACAAGGAUAAAUUAUUUGAGCUGAUGUCAAAAUGCAAGGGAGAUCCAAUUAUAAUUGAUGUUGAUGGGAACUUUGCGACAUUGAGUUGUUGUAGAUCAUUGUCUCAGGCCCGUGGUCGAUUAGAUGAUAAUUAUGUUCGAGUUGCAGCAUGUCUUUAUGUGAAAGUGUGGGGGCGGCGAUUUGGAACUAGAAGCAGGAGGUUGAUGCUGGAUCCAACAUUUGCGAUAAGAGUGCUGCAAGUAGAAGGAGAUAACUGGGAUAGUGUUGAUAGGAUAAUCCAGUCCUCCAUCAAGAACACACCAGUUGCGUCAUGUCUUAGGAUAAGUGUGGUAUUUGUCCCUGUUAUUGAAGACGGUCAUUGGUGGUGUGCCGCCUUCUCGGUAAACAGGGAGGAGGUGAUGAUCAUAGACUCCAUGGAAACAAAAGAAGCUGCAAAGCUGCAUCACGUAUCAGUAGAGGCAUUGUGCUACGCAAUGGACCGGUAUUUUAGAGCUGUCGACAGUUCCUGGGAUAUCGGGGCUGUGAGCAGAUGGCCGCGUUCUACUCUAAACAUGAAGCAGCAGUCGGACUUGCAUAGCUGCGGAGUUUACAUGUUGUUAGCUAUCAAGCACAAUGCCGAUCGUUUUGUGGAGAGUGUACAAUUGGUAAAUGUUCCGUUAAUUUCUUGAUAUUGAACUAAGGUUUUCAU